CGGGGCCCGGCACACUCCCCCAGGGCUGCUGCCCACACCCUCUCCUGUCUGCCCCUGCCCGCCGGCCAGGGCCCGGCUGCCCGCCGUGGAUGAGCCACAGGACAUCCUCCACCUUCAGAGCGGAGAGAAGCUUCCAUUCCUCCUCCUCCUCCUCGUCCUCCUCGGCCUCCUCCUCGGCCUCCCGCGCCCUCCCGGCCCAGGACCCACCCAUGGAGAAGGCCUUGAGCAUGUUUUCCGAGGAUUUUGGCAGCUUCAUGCGGCCCCACUCGGAGCCCCUGGCCUUCCCAGCCCGUCCCGGGGGGCCGGGCAACAUCAAGACCCUGGGAGAUGCCUAUGAGUUUGCAGUGGACGUGAGUGACUUCUCCCCUGAGGACAUCAUCGUCACCACCUCCAACAACCACAUCGAAGUGCGAGCUGAGAAGCUGGCAGCUGACGGCACCGUCAUGAACACCUUUGCUCACAAGUGCCAACUGCCAGAGGACGUGGACCCCACAUCGGUGACCUCGGCUCUGAGGGAGGACGGCAGCCUCACCAUCCGGGCUCGGCGCCAACCACACACAGAGCAUGUCCAGCAGACCUUCCGGACGGAGAUAAAAAUCUGAGGGCCUCCCCCUUCCCCUGCCCUCCCCCAACUCACCCAUCUUCUCCACCCUGGCCCGCCAGAGAGGUUUUCCUUACCCCCUCACAACAACAUCCAAGACAUCUCAGCCCAGGUUCCAGGCCCUGACACCCCCUCCCCAGACCCCAGGUGGGUCACCACCAAAUGAGGCCUUCUGCUCUACUCAGGGCAGGUCAGGGACCCCCUUGCCUCACCCGUGGCCCCAGUCAAUCCAGAAUAAAGGGCUUGGAUUGAGGAAAGGGAGAUCCCGGAGAACCCACGCUGGGGAAGGGGGAUGGGGACAGGUAGGAUCUCUGGGCAAACAAUCUGCAGGACAGACAGACAGACAGACAAAAUUCUUUGAUCUCUGGAGUCUCUGCAGGGCAGGGGCAGGGGCACUGGGGACCUGGGACCCCCUUAGCCAAGGGGAGUGGGAGAAGCAGAGGGCCAUCAGAGGGAGAGGUGCCUAUCUAAACUGAACUGCCCAGGGGCCCAGGGAGGCCAGAAGGAGAUAGCUGUGAUGGUCAGCCUCCCCUCUGCCAUCCUCCAGGCCCCAAACCAGCCACCAGGCCACCUGCCCACAAGAUGCCCCAUCCUGCCAGCUGUGCCAGGGCAGAGCUACCUUGUGUCUGUAUAUAGAUGGGAUUUUUCCAAUACAGCAGGUUGGUGAUAAAC